AUUUUUUCUCCCAUAUACGACUAGGAGUCUAGGACUAAAGAGUAUCAGAAAGUCACAAUCUUGAACAGCUACAGUAUACUUUCCUCUUUCUGACCCAACAGAUUUUUCUUUCUUCACACUUCGUGCCAGAGACUUCACUCGAGAGAGAGGUGCUGACUGCUGAGCUCAAAUUUCCCGGGAUACUUCGCUUCACUUUUCUUCCUUCAGGUCAAGGGUAGUCGCUUUAUAUCUCAAUAUGAAGCAUAGUUCAAGGCAUCGACGUCAGGCAGAGAGAAGUUGGGCUGAAGUUUUGCGUUUCGGCAGUACUUGCAUACAGCUUUUCUGGCCGCGCGUGGUGGUGCGGAAGCUGCUCAACAUCAGCGGCAAAGGUUCUGAUUAUAGCGCCGAUGCCGAAUCGGAUUCCGACGCCGAUGCCGAUCAAGAUGCCUGUAAGUUGCCAGGGGAGCCGCAGCUUAAGGAUGCUAAAGAAGGCGAUGUUGAAAUUGAUGGGAAUGAAACUGUUAUCAGGAUAAGAAGAAGAAAGUCUGAGACUUUUAGGGCACAAUAUAUAAACAAAAAGGAAAUUAGAGUAUGCACUGGGACAUGGAAUGUAGGAGGAAUAGUUCCUCCUGAUGAUCUAGAUCUUGAUGGUUGGUUAGAUAUUGACAAGCCUGCUGAUAUUUAUGUGCUUGGAUUUCAGGAAGUCAUACCAUUAAAUGCUGGUAAUAUAUUUGGGGCUGAAGAUAGCACCCCUAUUCUAAAAUGGGAGAACAUUAUUCGAGAAACUCUCAAUAAAGCCCCCCCUGUGAAGAAGUUCAAAUCUCGCAGUGACCCCCCUUCUCCAUCAAGGUUUAAUCCAUCUGAAAGUUUUUCUGAUAUUGAAGAGGAAAUUGCACCCAAGUUUGAUAGUGAUGGCGAGGAGGAAUUUGUUCCUUUAGUUGAAGAAUUUAAUGACUUUGUUGAUGCCAGUGACUUAACUAUGUCAGGGUAUGAUCCUAUUGUCAGUGCUGAUGUAACUGGAUCUAGUCGUAUUUGUGAGGUUACCAUGCCAGUCAGAGCAGGGGUUGAGAGAAUAUUUUCCAUCUCAAAGAAGUUGGAUAGGUUGGAUAACUUAAAACUUGACGACUCUGAAGAAAACCUAGAAGAAAAUAAAUUUUAUUAUGACAAGAAGUUAACAGAAAGCCUUACUGGAGUACAGAAGAUUGGCCUGAGUUGGCCAGAGCCACCGUUAAAUUUUCUACCUCAAUGUGCUUUUGAGAGACCUGUUUCCCAUAAAGCUACAAAAUCGCUUAGAGCUCUCAUGUCUUUGGGAGUGUACAGUUCUCUCAAAUCAAACACACAUGGUCCAAAUAGAAUGCAACCUGAUGUGGCUUUACUCGCAAAACUGGACCUCGAGUCUUUAAUGAAGCAGAAAAGAAGGCCACCAUAUGUGAGGAUAGUAAGCAAGCAACUAGUUGGUAUUUUCUUAACUAUUUGGGUCCAUAGGAGUUUGCGGAAACACAUACAGAAUCUGAAUGUUUCUACAGUUGGUGUAGGUGCAAUGGGCUAUAUAGGUAACAAGGGAUCGAUAUCAGUUAGCAUGUCUCUAUACCAGACUCUCUUCUGCUUCAUUUGUACUCACUUACCAUCAGGUGAUAAAGAUGGGGAUGCAGCUAAAAGAUGUGCUGAUGUGUAUGAAAUCCAUCGAAGGGCACAUUUCAAUACAUAUUCUGGUGUUGGUCUUCCUAAAAGUAUAAAUGACCACGAGAGAAUAAUCUGGCUGGGGGAUUUAAAUUAUCGUAUCAAUUUAUCAUAUGAGAAAACACUUGAGUUAAUAUCCAAAAAGGACUGGCCGAAGCUAAUUGAGAGUGACCAGCUAAUCAGAGAGCUGAAGAAAGGACGUGCUUUCGACGGAUGGUCUGAAGGUAUUUUAAAUUUUCCACCGACAUACAAAUAUGAAAUGAACUCUGACAAGUACCACGGAGAGGAUCCAAAACCUGGGAGGCGUACUCCAGCAUGGUGUGACCGUAUUCUUUCAUCUGGGAAGGGAAUGCGCCUCCUGAGCUACAGGAGGUGCGAAAUAAGACUGUCUGACCACAGGCCGGUGACAGCAACUUAUGUGGUAGAGGUCGAAGUUUUCUCAUCCAGGAAGUUGCAACGGGCCCUCACUUACACUGAUGCAGAGCUUCAAAACGAGGAAGUAGUGAUGGAUGUUGGAAUUGAGAACAUAAGAGCUGAUUGAUAUCAUAAAAGGAAUUAUUGUCAGCAUUCUUUAUCCCAACUGUAUUGGUUCUGACCUGAAGCAGUCUUGAUUUGGUUUGGUGACUCAUGGUGAGGAAGGGUGCUUUGUCAUGGGAGAGCCGGAGAGGAUGACUAUAGGGAAAAGAUAUCAGAAACUUGAGGGACGACAUGCUAUAGAUGGGUUAAUACCGUAUUUGCUAUUAUGGUAUAGGUUUUCUCUUUGUUGUGCAUUAUUUUUCUGAGCUCGAUCACAAUACAUAGUUUGAUUCAACAAUGGCAUUACUUACUUACAUAAAUGUCCAUCAUGAUCACCAUCAUACAUUCUUACAAGCUUACCAUAACAGAGAAGCUCUACAAAUCCUUGUAUUGCAUACCAUUGUGACAAAAGUCUUAUAUACAUUCACACAAAUUACAAGGCCUUCACACAUUUGGCCAAUUUCUGGACAAUAACGAAGCAUAUAGACGGAAGUAGUAAGUAAAAGUUGUUUCUUCAACGCCAAGGCAUCAGAACUUGAAG